GGACCCGGUGCGGCACUUCCCUGCGCCGCUUGGGGGCUGGGGUUUUAGGUUGCUUACGGUCACUCGCGCUCCAGGCCUGCCUGACGCGGGCCGGUCUUCCCGAUCCGCGAUCGGAACCCCCUUCCCCUUCAGACGCGCCGAAGCCGGCCCCGCUGCACAGCCCCGGAGGGCCGGCGCGCGAGUCCCGGCUGCGGAGGCCCGCAGACUGUCUGCUCCAUUAUGCCUGUGUUUCCUCAGAGCGUGACCACUGCAGUUCCCAUGGAUGUGCCCCAGGAGCAGCUAGUCCUGGAGCCGUGCACAUGUCAGGUGCCGGUGACCUUUGAGGAUGUGGCAGUGUACUUCUCAAGGGAAGAGUGGGAGUGUCUUGGCCCCAGCCAGAGGGCCCUCUACCAGGAUGUGAUGCUGGACAACUUCAGGAGCUUGGUUGCUUUGGAAGGACUUUGCAGCCCCAGACCAGAUCUUGUCUCUCACCUGGAGCAGUGGGGUGAGCCAUGGGUUGAAGACUGGGAGAGAGCUGAGUUUCGGGAAGCACAGCGGGAUUCCCACCCAGGGUCAAGGAAGCCUGUUGACCACAAAAGACUCUGUGAUCAGCUGGCCUGGGUUCACGAGAAGAUCCAGCUGCGGAGAAGAGUCCAGAGAGGGACUAGCUGGGAGAAGAGCUUCCUCCCAGCUGUGGGUGAGGUGCAGCUUCCCAGGACUGCUCCAGGGAGGAAGGCAGGUAAGCCCACGACUCUCCACGGCCAGGCGUGUGGAAAGUCUUGCAGGCAGUGGCCAGGCCUUGGGGAGCAGCCCAAGAGCCGCACGGAGGAACCUGCAUUCAUCUGUGGCACGUGUGGGAAGGCGCUGAGCUGCCACAGCCGGCUGGCUGCUCACCAGACGGUGCACACAGGAGCCAGGUCCUUUGAGUGCUUCCAGUGCGGCCAGACCUUCCGCUGGUGUUCCAACCUCCUGCGCCACCAGAGGAACCACACGAGCGAGAAGCCCUUCAGCUGCGAGCUGUGUGGCCAGGCCUUUAGCUUGAAGGACCGUCUGGUGCAGCAUCGCAAGGUCCACACAGAGCACCGGCCCUACGUGUGUGGUGACUGCGGGAAGGCCUUCAAGCAGAAGUCCAACCUCCUCCGGCACCAGCUUGUGCACACUGGGGAGAGGCCUUUCUUCUGCACCAACUGCGGCAAGGCUUUCCGGACCAAGGAGAACCUUAGUCACCACCAGCGCAUUCACAGCGGGGAGAAGCCCUACACCUGUGCCGAGUGUGGGAAGGCCUUCCGGUGGCCCAAGGGCUUCAGCAUCCACCAGAAGCUGCACCUGGCCAAGAGGUCCUAUGAGUGUGAGCGCUGUGGGAAGGGCUUCCGCCACCUGGGCUUCUUCACGCGGCAUCAGAGGACUCACCGGGGGGGCCAGGUGUAGAGGCCCUGGCCCCAGGGCUCCACCCUUGCUGGGGACGAGCUGUGCCCUCUGUCACUCUUGAGCCUGGAAGGAAACCUUAUGGGCUUUCAGAAUAACUGGGUGGAGCUUGGAGCUCCAUAGAGCUCCUGAGAAGUACCACCAGGAAAAGGCCAUCAGAAGAAGGGGAUCCAGAGUAUGCCAUGGAGACUGAGCAGUGCGUACGCGCAAGCAUAAACACACACACACACACACACACACACACACACACCCCAUUUACCCGCCCUGGAGAUGUGUUCCUGGCUGUCUCACCCCAUGAACUUGACCCCUGUCCCCGCUGUCACUCGUGUGCACUUUAACCUUUUGUCCUGGCUCUUUCUCUCCCUCUUUGCUCAUCCGUCUUUCUUCCAUCUCUGCAAGGUAGUGUUACAUUUUUCAGAGAAGCAAAGCCUCUUUUGCGACCUCACUAUGUGGGAACUUAUAAAUGAGCACCUUUGUGUCAUUGGGAGCCAGUUAAAAGGCCAGAUCUGAAUUCAAAGCCAGGGUCUGGUUGGCACGGCACAUGUGGGGCUGCGUCUGCUCCGUGGCAGCACAGGACGGGUGGGCUGUCCGUGGAGGUCAAAGCUGCACCCUCAGCUCUUGUCCUUGUAGCUUCUUGUACAGAGACUGACCUGGGCGUCGGCUCUUUGGCACAAUGGCAUCGUGUCUCGUUUCUGUUCAUUGAGUUCAUAGAAGGUGCCCAGGAAGGCCAUGGUGUAUGGAUGAGAACUGGACGUGUCUGCCCAGCUCUGCAUCCACAUGUGGGACCACGAGUUACAGAGAUGCUGCCAACCUGGGACUGGGCUGCUCAGCUCUGGCCCUUGGCUUUCAGGCUGCUUAAUGACUCCACUGCACUGCCCUGUGUCAUGGGCCUUGGCUGCUGGGCAGCUCUGUGCACAGGCCUGGUGCUGGGUGGUGCCCAGAAGCUGGCUGUGUAGCGGCUGCCCACCUGCCUGCCUACUGGGCAACAGGAGCUCCCUCUGCCCAUGCCCUCCCUGUUGGUUGGUGCUCAGAGCUGGUCACGCCCCUGGAGCUGGUGAGUGUGGCUGGGUCUGAGAGCAGAAUGUGGUGGCCAGGCUUGCUGCAGGUUGUCUUCUCGGUUCUCAGCUUGGGGUGCCUCUGCUUUGCCCAGGCAGAAACAGCCUGCCAGGCAGAGCUUGCAGGGCAACUCCAUACUGUGAGAGCUGAGCAGGGACCCGCAUUUGUCACUGCUGUAUCAGGUUAUCCUGAUAUCUGAUGAGAGUUUUGCAAUUAAUGACAGGCGCAGUGGUGCACACCUAUAACCCCAGCAACUCAGGAGGCUGAGGCAGGAGGAUCACAAGUUCAGGGCCAGUCUCAGCAACUUAGUGAGACCUUGUCUGAAAAAAUAAAAAGGUUGGGGGUGCACCUUAAUGGUGGAGUUCUUGUGCCUAAUCCCUGGUACCAAAAAGUAAUUCCCAGAUAACAUGCACCUAGACUUGGAAAUGUCACAGGAAGCAGGGUGAAGAGGACCAGCUCAGCCACCAAGAAGAAGCGUGGCUCCAGAGCCCUGAGGGACGCUGUUAGACAGCACCUUCUCCAAGCAGCCAGAGGCCCAGAGACGUGGGGCUGCGGUGCUGGGAGCAAAUCAACUGUAAGAAGCCAUUUUUGAGACAAUCAUGUGAACAGGCUGGGCCUUGGUGGCAGUAAGGAAUUUGCUGGUUUUGAGGUGAAUUCUGACAUUUGUGGGAGAAAUGACAUGGUGUUAAGGAUUUGCCUUUAAGUUCUAAUAAAAAGGGAGAAAAG